CUGAAAUUCAGCAUCACUGUACUCAGAGAAAAUCUCUCUUCAGGUUGCUCUGAAGCAGAAUCUGUUUCUCAGGUCUGUUUGAGCAGUUUGACACAAUGAGAUUUCUGUUCCCACUGUGUGUGCCACUUCUGCUGCUGGUUUACGGUGCAAUAAUCAAUGGACAAACAACAGCUCCUUUUAGUUCUCCAGUUAUUGACCCCUGUGACAUCUACAGCAGUCUGGAUGAGCCCUGGAGAGCCAUCAACUAUUCGAGUAACAAUUAUGCAGCUUGUGAUUAUAAUGUGAUCUGGGAUGGAUGGUACAGGCUUUUCUACAAUGGAGAGAAAGCUCAGAUGCCGGAGUCAUGUGUUAACAAUAACAUGUGCGGCUCAUAUAACCCACUGUGGCUCAGUGGUGGUCAUCCACAGGUGGAAGAUGGAGUGGUCCUCCGAGAAGUCUGUGGUCCUACGUGGAAUGACUGCUGUGGUUAUAAAUCUCAUCCAAUACAAGUCAAAGCUUGUCCUGGAAAUUACUACGUUUAUCAGUUUGUCAGCCCAUCGCACUGUGCAACAUAUUGUGCAGAUGUUGAAGGUCUCACAACAUCAGUACCUAUAACAACAGUGAUAAAUCCUCUCACAGAAUCCAGUACUGUACCUGGCAUCUCUGUAAAAACAGCGAUUCUUCCCUUUGAUCACUGCAAUACCUACACCGUGUUGGAUGAGCCAUGGAGAUCCACAAGCAACAAAUUUGCUUUCAAUUUAAUGUGUGAUACUUCUGUCAGCUGGUCCGGCUGGUAUCGUCUCUUCCUCCGUGGUCAUAGCGUUCAGAUGCCAGACACAUGUGUCGAUGACUUAAGCUGCGGUACUCAUGCCCCUUUGUGGCUGAAUGGUCCACAUCCAAGAAUUGAGGAUGGGGUGGUCACCCGAGCUGUCUGCGGUAACUGGUUUAAUAACUGCUGCUAUUUUCAAUCCAAUCCCAUUCAAGUGAAAGCCUGUCCGGGCAAUUACUAUGUCUAUGAGUUCACCAGGCCAUCUUUCUGCUAUGGGACAUAUUGUGCAGACGAAAGAAACAUGACCAUUCCAACCGUCUCUCCAGGAACAACCUUGUCCGGCGAUCUCCUCGCUGACCCUUGCUACAGCUAUACAGUGCUAGAUGAGCCUUGGAGAGCCAUCGAUCAAUAUUCUCAAUUAAUGUGUGAUUCCUAUGUCAACUGGUCUGGUUGGUAUCGUCUCUCCCUUCAUGGGCAGAGUGCUCAGAUGCCAGACACAUGUGUAAGUAUGUUCAGCUGUAGCACUAAUGCCCCUCUGUGGCUGAACGGUCAACAUCCAUCAGUUGAGGACGGGGUGGUCACCCGACAUGUCUGCGGCCACUGGAACAAUGACUGCUGCCAUUUCCAGUUCUAUCCCAUGAAAGUUAAAGCCUGUCCAGGGAAUUAUUAUGUCUAUGAGUUUAUCAGCCCAACUUUCUGCUUUGUGACUUAUUGUGCAGUUUUAGAUCCAAGGAGCAAUAACAUGAGCUAUGUAUCUGUGACACCAACGACCCCCCAAACUGUGCCUACAACUCCCAUCUCUGACCCGUGCACUGAUUAUAGGGUUCUGGAUGACUUCUGGAGAAGCAUCAGUCAAUACUUACACACUGGGCAAAAUGACCUUCUUGUUGAAUGGAAUGGCUGGUAUCGGCUGUUUUUGAAUGGACAAAGUGCUCAAAUGUCGGAGUGGUGUGUCACUCACACGGGAUGUGGAGGUGAUACUGGACUUUAUCUCAAUGGUUCUCAUCCACAACUUGGGGAUGGAGUGGUGACACGUGAAGUCUCAGGAACUUAUAUGUGGCAGCCCAGCCUGUGUGGCACCUACACAUCCAACCCCAUCCAAAUCAAAGCAUGUCCAGGAGAUUAUUACGUCUAUAAAUUUGUCAAACCUGAAAUGUCAAUCCCUCGGCCCUCAUACUGCGCAGUUGCUUUCAAGAGCAUCAGCAAUGAUCCUUGUUAUGACUUCACAUCUCUGGACCGUCCCUGGAGAACCACAAACGAAGGAUUGACAAUUUGUGAUAAUUCUUUCUCCUAUAAUGGGUGGUACCGACUUUUCCAUAAUGGGAUGAACAUCCAAAUGUCAGAGAGCUGUGUUGGUCAGUAUAGCUGCAACACUCAAGUUGGUCUGUGGCUUAAUGGUCCUCACCCUGGGAUUGAGGAUGGAGUGGUGACCCGGGAGGUCUGUGGAGAUGAAGGGAAUGGCUGUUGUAGUUUCAAAUCAACGCCCAUCAGAGUGAAAGCAUGCCCAGGCAAUUAUCAUGUCUAUGAAAUAGCAAAGACAUUGAGUUUCUGUUCGGCAUAUUGUACAGAUGCCAACACAAUAUCCCAGAUGGUCUCCUCAACACCCCCAGGUGCCAUUACAGCAUCUCUGAGUCCCCUUGAUUACGACCCGUGCUAUAACUACAACAUUCUCGACAACUACUGGAGAAGUGCACUCAAUAACUUGCAUGUGUAUGGUCAGAUAUCUGGAAAUGAUGACACAGUUGUUGAAUGGGACGGCUGGUAUCGACUCCUUCUAAAUGGAUCCAGUGCCCAGAUGCCUGAAUGGUGUGCAAAUUACAUGUCAUGUGGAGGCUUCAGUUCUCUGUGGCUUGGUGGACCUCAUCCAGAAAUACAAGAUGGCAUUGUUACCCGAGAAGUUUAUGGAACUCAAAAUGACCAGUGCAGCUAUUACAGAUCCAACCCGAUCCAAGUCAAAGCUUGUUCUGGAAAUUAUCACGUCUACAAGUUUGUAAAGCCAAGACUAUCAAUCCCAAUGCCUGUUUACUGUGCAGUUCCUUUCAACACUUUGAAUGUUGACCCCUGCAACAACUACUCCAGUCUGGAUGACCAUUGGAGAGUCGUCGACUCUUCUAAUCUUAAUUACUAUAGUUAUUGUGAUUAUAAUGUGGACUGGAAUGGCUGGUACAGGCUUUUUUACAAUGGACAGAGUGCCAAAAUGCCAAAUUCAUGUGUUCGUGAGAGUAGAUGUGGCUCCCAGAACCCACUGUGGCUCAAUGGUUCUCACCCGCAGCUGGAAGAAGGAGUGGUCACCCGAAAAGUCUGUAGUCCCACAUGGAAUGACUGCUGUGGUUACAAAUCUCUUCCCAUCCAGGUCAAAGCUUGUCCAGGGAAUUACUAUGUUUAUCAGUUUGUCAGGCCAUUGUACUGCGGAGCGUAUUGUUCAGAGGAUGCAAACUUUCACACCCCAUCACCAACAACCGUGGCAAUCUCAUCCCCAAAAUCCAUUUCUGUGCCCUUCACAGCCCCUGUGACUCAUUCUUCUGACCCCUGCUUCAACUACGCUGUGUUGGAUGAUCCAUGGAGAGCCACCAGCAAUCGCAUUAGCGGUAACCUCAAUGUAAUGUGUGAUCGUUAUGUCAGCUGGUCCGGUUGGUAUCGUCUCUUCAUUCACGGUCAGAGCGUUCAGAUGCCAACGACAUGUGUUGAUAUAUUAAGCUGUGGUACCCAUGCCCCUCUGUGGCUGGACGGUUCACAUCCAAGAGUCGAGGAUGGGGUGGUCACCCGAGCUGUCUGCGGUAGCUGGAUGGAUAGCUGCUGCUUUUUUCCAUCCAAUCCCAUUAAAGUGAAAGCCUGCCCAGGGAAUUACUAUGUCUAUGAGUUCAUCAUGCCGAAUUUCUGCCAUGGGACAUAUUGCGCAGAUGUUAGCAGUAUUAACGCCACUUACUCAACCAUCAUGCCAACAGUCAUGCCAACUGAAGCAGUAACCUCCAUCUCUGAUCCGUGCUCUGAUUAUAACAUCGUUGAUGACUUUUGGAGAGACAUACACAGGACCCAGUUUAGCAAUGAUGGCUAUGAUGACCGGUUUGUUGAAUGGAAUGGCUGGUAUCGUCUGUUUUUGAAUGGACAAAAUGCUCGAAUGUCUGAGGGGUGCACAAGUUACACUGGAUGUGGAGGUGAUACUGGACUUUAUAUCAAUGGUUCUCAUCCACGACUUGAGGACGGAGUGGUUACACGUGAAGUGUUGGGAACCAUAAUAUGGUAUCCCAAUUUGUGUGAUUACUACAGAUCCAACCCCAUCCAAAUCAAAGCCUGUCCUGGAGAUUAUCAUGUCUAUAAACUUGUCAAACCUGAUAUGUCAAUCUCUCGUCCCACAUACUGUGCAGUUACGUUUGACAACAUCAGCAAUGAUCCUUGUCACAACUAUGAAUCUCUGGAUCGUCCCUGGAGAGCCUCAAAUGAAAGUGGAUUGACAAUUUGUGAUGAUUCCUUCACAUGGAAUGGCUGGUACCGACUUUUCUACAAUGGGUUGAACAUCAGAUUAUCUGAGAAGUGUGUUAGGACAUCCAGCUGUAAUGCAGAUUACAGUCUGUGGCUCAAUGGUCCUCACCCUCAGAUUGAGGAUGGAGUGGUGACCCAGGAGGUUUGUGUGAGCUCACACAGAGGAUGCUGCGCUCAAAAGUUUACACCCAUCAGAGUCAAAGCCUGUCCGGGAAAUUAUUACGUUUACGAACUGGCACAGCCACCGCAAUACUAUUGUACAGGAUAUUGCACAGAUAUCAACACUAUAUCCCAGACAGUAUCAUCUACAACUCCAACUUUAAUCACCGGAUCCGAAAUAACAUUGUCAGCUUCCAGUGUUGUAGAUCAUGAUCCGUGCUAUUACUACAACAUUCUAGACAACAAUUGGAGAAGCACACACAAUUACUUCUAUCUUAAUGGAUAUGGACACGAUGAUACACUUGUUGAAUGGGAUGGCUGGUAUCGACUCUACCUUAAUAGACAAAGUGCUCAGAUUCCUGAGUGGUGUGCAGGCUAUAUGGCAUGUGGAGGUUUCAGUUCUCUGUGGCUCGAUGGCUCUCAUCCUCAGCCAAACGAUGGCAUUGUUACUCGUGAAGUUUAUGGUACCCAGUAUGGCCAGUGCAGUAACUACAGAUCCAACCCGAUUCAAGUUAAAGCUUGUCCUGGAAAUUAUUAUGUCUACAAACUGAUAAGGCCAAAACUAUCGAUACCCAUCCCUUCGUAUUGUGCAGUUGCUUUCACCUCACCGAGCGUUGACCCCUGCAUCAGCUACACCAGUCUGGAAGAGCCUUGGAGGUCCAUCAACUAUGCUUCUAAUGAAUCAUCUGCAAGAUGUGAUUAUAAUGUGAAUUGGGAUGGAUGGUAUAGGCUUUUCUACAAUGGACAGAAUGCCCAGAUGCCAGAAUCAUGUGUUGGUUAUAGCAUGUGUGGAACCAAUAGCCCACUGUGGCUCAAUGGUGGCCACCCACAGCUGGCAGAUGGAGUGGUCAUCCGACAAGUCUGUGGUUCCUCUUCAUUUAGCUGCUGUAGCUACAAUUCCCACCCCAUACAAGUCAAAGCUUGUCCUGGAAAUUAUUAUGUUUAUGAGUUCAUCAAGCCAGCAUUGUGCUCAGCUUAUUGUGCAGAGGCUCAAAGUUUUAACCAGACAACAGCAAGUCCAACAGAGAUAAUCCCAUCCACAGGACCCACAGUUGUGAGAGACCCGUGCUCUGAUCUCAACUGUACUGAGAAUGAGUGGUGUGGAAAACACAAUGGUGUUUACGGCUGUUUCUGUAAUCAGACCCAAUCCACAUCUAACCCUGACACUUUUGAUGCCUAUGAGACGUGUGAAAGCAGUUCUGGGUUCAUGUCUCUGUCUCGCUGUCAGCUCUUUGAAGCUGGUUUUUCUGCUGAUCUUUUACAUCUGAAUGACCCCAGCUGUACAGGAACAGUCCAGAAUGGAAGAGUAGAGUUCAGAUUUGACAACAAUGCCAGUAUCUGUAGUACAGGUCUUACGGCCAAUGGCACACACAUCAUCUAUGAGAACGUUAUCUUCGGGCAGCAGGGAUCAGCUGGAGGUGUCAUCAGCAGAAAUAAAUUUCUCAGGCUGAGUUUCAACUGCGUUUAUCACCAAACCCAAUCGGUCUCCAUGGACAUCAACCCUCUGGAGAGCAUUGUGCACAGAAACAUUGAAGGUCUGGGGAUGUAUCGGGUCAGGAUGCUUUCAUAUCAGGAUGCUCAGUUCUCCAAGCCGUUCAAUGGUAGUGCGGAUGUUGAGGUGGACCACAAGAUUUUCGUAGACGUGCGUGUUGAUGGAGUUGACGGUCAUCAGUUUGCUUCAGUGAUUGACACAUGUUGGGCGACACCUGUGAAUGAUGCUCAGUCCUCUCUCCGCUGGGAUCUCAUCGUUGAUGAGUGUCCGAAUCCAAGUGACGACACAGUGGAGCUUCUCCAGAACGGCGUCUCCACAUCCAGUCGUUUCUCCUUCAGGAUGUUCAUCUUCACUGCAAACUCCACUAAGGUUUACCUGCACUGUAAAAUUCACCUUUGUCUCCAAACCAACAAUACCUGCUCAUCUCAAUGUCAGCCUGGACAGCAUCUGAGAGUGGGCAGAUCUCUGGACUUUCAUGACACUGCCUCCAUUUCUAUGGGUCCACUGGUCUGGUCUAAUGGAAACUCAGAUAUUUUGGUCCAAGAACAAGUGAAGGUGUCUAUGGCCCCAGCUCGCUGUGUCUCCUUAAUGGUUUUGUUUGUUUUGGUCUUUAGUGCUUACAUCAUCUUCUAGUAGAUUUACACAAGUGAUGACCUCUCAUUUUAAAAGAUGUGAAGCAUUUUGGUUAUGCUUAUCUGUUGUCUGUUCACGCAGACAACAGAUCAGUAGUGAUACCUUCUAUUAAUGAUAAUUAAAGCUUAACACUAUGUCAUGGGUCAUAUUUUUUUAGCACGUGAUAUAAUAUUACAUUUGAUUGAUGUUUCUGACUUUCUUUUCAAAUACAUGCAAUAUUUUGUCAAAUUAAACAGUUUCCUAUAAUA